AUGAAGAUUGGAAUCAUUGGCACAGGGGAUAUUGGGGCAACUCUUGCCCGUAAAUUUGCCUCCAGGCGCCACAGAGUAAAGGUGGCAAAUUCACGAGGUCCUCAAUCUAUUUCCGAACUUGCUCAUGAGAUUGGAGCAGACGCCGUAACCAAGGAGGAGGCUGUUCAAGACGUCGAAGUGAUCAUCAUAUCGAUUCCUUUUGCUAAGAAUCCUGAUUUGGCCCAUCUUAUCCGCUCUGUUCCAUCUGAUGUCGUGGUCAUCGACACAUCCAACUAUAUACCACAACGUGAUGGUCAGAUAGCAGAAAUUGAUAAUGGUAAAGCGGAAAGUGUGUGGCUUUCAGAGAUGUUGGGACAUUCGAUCGUUAAAGCCUGGAAUGCUGUUGGAGCGACAACUUUAUCCGACUAUGGUAGGCAAGCAGGAGCACUUGACCGAAUUGCGAUACCAGUGGCGGGAGAUGAUGAAAAUGCAAAGUCGGUUGCGAUGGAGCUUGUGGAGCAAACAGGAUUUGAUGCCGUUGAUUCUGGAAGUCUUGCUGAGUCGUGGCGACAGCAGGCCGGUACUCCUGUAUUUUGCACAGAAGCCAAAGCCGAAGGUAUGAAGAAAUUACUAGAGCUCGCAGAUCGGAAACGUGCGUCUCGUAAUCUUGAACUGAUCCUGAAAGAAUUGGGGGAAAGAGGGGGCAAACGUUCUCACGAAGAGUCUGUACGGUUUACUCGCUCUAUCAAUAUUCCCGAUGGUCAAUUUGAGUUUUGA